CACUAAACUCCCCAAGAGAGAGUCACUCAAGGCACAAAAGAAAAAUUACAGAAGAGAGAAGAAGAGAGUGACAAAGGAACUCCUUUCAGCUCUCAAAGACCCUUCAAUCAUUGUAAUGGCAGAUUAUAUGAAGGUGAGAGGGAGUUUGAAAGGAUGGACCAAACUAUGGUGUGUGUUGAAACCAGGUCUACUCGUCAUCUAUAAGAGCCCCAAGCAUGGCCAAUGGGUAGGAACCAUUUUACUCAAUAAUUGUGAGCUAAUAGAGAGGCCUUCGAAGAAAGAUGGCUUCUGCUUCAAGAUUUAUCAUCCGUUGGACCAGUCCAUCUGGGCAACAAGGGGACCGAAAGGCGAGACGAUGGGGUCGAUUACACAGCCGCUACCCGGCAGCUAUCUCAUAUUCCGAGCUCCAUCUGAGUCGGACGGCAAGUGCUGGAUGGACGCCUUGGAGCUUGCCCUGCGUUGCUCUAGUCUGCUGAUGAGGUCCAUGAGGGAUGAUACGGCCGGCUUGACGGCAGAGAAGAAGAUGAACGAUAAUGAGAUUGAGAACAAGCACUUCAAGCAUGAAGGUCUUGACGAGGAUGACCUCGACAACGAACGAGAGAAGGACAAUGACAGUAAGAGCGAAUCGGAGGUGUCUGAGGUGGAGGAGCUCGCCCCGUUAGAAGUCAUUCAACAGGACACCAGAGAAACAACCUACAUGCCAGGUGCCUCAGAAGAUCUCUGCCUUGACAUUUCCCAGACUGAGACAUUAGGGGAGGAGAACAAGAGUCUUAUCUGGACCCUGAUGAAACAGGUCCGACCUGGAAUGGACCUAUCCCGCGUCGUCUUGCCAACCUUUGUCCUGGAACCCAGGUCGUUCCUAGACAAGCUCUCCGAUUUCUACUUCCAUGCGGACAUCAUCUCCAGGGCUGUGCAAGAAGAUGAUGCCUUUUCAAGAAUGAAAGAAGUAGUCAGAUGGUAUCUAUCUGGAUUCUACAAGAAACCAAAGGGUUUGAAGAAACCAUAUAAUCCUAUCAUAGGUGAAACAUUCCGUUGUUUAUGGGAACAUCCAAAGACUAAAACAAGGACAUUCUACAUCGCAGAACAGGUAUCCCAUCAUCCUCCAGUCACGGCAUUCUACAUCACGAACAGGAAAGAAGGCUUCUGCAUCAGCGGAAGCAUUCUCGCCAAGAGCAAGUUUUACGGGAACUCGGUCUGUGCCGUCAUGGACGGGGUCGGGAAACUCAUGCUACUAGGGCGGGGCGAGGAUUAUCUCAUCACGAUGCCGUAUGCCAACUGUAAAGGUAUUCUUUAUGGCACACUGACAAUGGAGUAUGGAGGCAAAGUGACUCUGGAAUGUGAGAAGACUGGAUACAGAACUGAAAUUGAAUUCAAGCUCAAGCCAUUCUUGGGAGGUAGUGAUUCAUCGAAUCAGAUCAACGGGAAGAUUAAAUUUGGCAAGGAAACGUUAGCAACACUCAGCGGAAAAUGGGAUGAAGAAGUCUUCAUCAAAGACAAGAGAACAGAGAAUUCUGAACUGUUCUGGGCAGUGACACCGGAAGUAAAGAACAGCAGGUUAAGAAGGUCAACGGUCAUGUUUGAUGAACAAGCAGAGAAUGAAUCAGAGAAGUUAUGGCGGCACGUGACGGCUGCACUCGGCAAAGGAGACGUCCACGACGCCACCAAGGAGAAGUUCAUUUUGGAAGAACAGCAGAGGAAUGGUCACAAGGAAAGGAAGAUUAAGAUGGUUGAAUGGGUACCAAAGCUCUUUGAAAGAGACGACAUCACCGGUGAUUGGAUCUAUAAACAUAUGGAUACGAGACCAUGGGAUAUCUUGAAUGACAUUGAGCAGUUUGAAGUGGAUGGCGUGAUACAGACGAGAACCAGACAUAGAACACAGAUUGUUAGGACCACUAGUAUCGUGAGCUUACCGAACAGACGCAAUGGACCAACAGAACAAAGACUGAAGCGGAAUGCUUCUCUGAAGCACGCCCAUAACAAGAAGAAGCAGGGACGAUCACGCAUCGGUAGUGGGUCGCCGGACCCAGCGAGCGGAGAAAGCGAUGAUUCAUCCAUCGAAAAUUCAGAUGUAACAGACGACAUUGAAGUGUCUAGUCAGAAAUCCGGUGCUAGAGCGCCCUCUGGAGUCCGUGUUGAGGACAUCAUCGGUCCGAUCAAGGAAGGUUCCGACUCGGUCCAGAAAGAGCUCAAGACAAUCAACAGUAGACUGGCGUUCAUGGUCCAACAACAAUCCCAAUCACGUGCUUCCUCUGGCGCCCUCUCUCGGUUUGAUUGGUUCAUGCUUGCCGCGUUUCUCGUCCUCGGUCAGAUAGUCUCGGCGUAUUUCCUAAGAUCGUGAGUGAGUUGGUAUGUUUCGUCGUGACAUCUGUGAUUUAUUGUUCAGGUUGAUGUUUUGAUUAGGGUCUGGUAGCACCAAGCUUGGCAAUUGAUAAAGCAAUCAUUUACAAUUGAUUUUAACCAUUUAGGAGGCAUGGUAGCUCAAUUUGUAGAGCUGUGAUGUGGCGGUCAAGGUCCUGGGUUCAAAACCAAGUCAUUGAUCUAGUGCCCAUUGGUAAGAAGGCUUUUAUCCUCCUUACCAGGUCCCUUGGAGAGGACCUUAACCUGUCGUUCCUUUGGUUGGUUACUAACAAGUAUUCAUGCUUUCUCAGCAGUCGGGUAAAGUAACAAACACCACAAUCGAUUGUAAAAAUGAUCAGUCAAAUCAAUUGUAAUUACUUGAAUUCAUCCUCUGGGGCCCAUUGCAGAAAGAAUUGCAAUCAAUCACAACUCUAAAAAUCAUGCGUAACUUGAUUUUCAACCAAUCAACAGCGCGCAUUUUGGACUUGCGAUCGAUAUUUUUGACUUGCGUUUAAACGCAACUCUUUCUGCAACGGAUCCCUGAUCAAUUGUUAAGUUUUGUCUUACCAGGUCCGAAACUGUGAUAGAUCUAUUCUGAUCAAAACAGGAGGAGCGUACUGAUUUGAUGUAAAAGAAAAAAGGCCAAUUCAUCGAUGUAUUCCAGUAUAUGGUUUGUGUGUCUGAGAAAAACUGAAAAAUAAAUGUUUGAUUUAUUAAUUUUCUUUUUCAAAUUAAAAAACCAUACACAUUGCAAUAAUGGUUUUGGUUGUAAGUUUAUAUACCUUAUACAUGAAUGAUACUUUGUUUUAUUGAUUUUUAUUUAUCUCUCUUUUAUGGACAAGACAAAGAUUGUUUGGUGUCAGUGGGCAGCCAUUAAUACUUAGCAUUCUAGGUGAAAUAUUAUAAUGAAUCUAAAUAAGAUUUUUGAGAUAUUAGGAAACAGUAAAAAAAAAAGGAGCUAUACAGAUAUGGACCUCAGAUUUAUCAUAGCAGUAAUCUAUCACCGACAUGUAUUUUUGGACAUUGUGGGGAUGUUGGAAAACAUUCACUUUAGAUCGUAGGUCAGUGGGCAACCUUGGAGUAUGUCAGUUGUAAGCAUACUGAUUCGCAUAUUGUUACAUGAAUUUUUAGAUUAAUUUAUUGAUUGAUGUUGAUUACUAACAAGUCUUAUCUCAGUAAUGGAUGCAUUGAAUGCUAUGUAAGUCCACUCUUUCAAAUCUAGGAAUAAAGAUUUUCAUUUCUUGGAGCGUAGCUGUUCCUUUAAUACUCAUGCAGUCAAGUCAAGGAUACUUGAGUCAUUAUUGCCUUGUAAAUUUGAUUUUUAUUCCCACAUUGAUUUAAAGUAUUAACAUACAAAUCAUUCUGUGUUUUCUUGAUUUCUAUUUACCUUAUUUAACACUAUAAUAAUGAUAAUGAUGACAACGGUUAUUGUGAAAUAAUUUAACCAGUAGGGCAAGUGUGCAAACUUUGCGAUGAACAUAUCUACAAUACAUGUACGUGUAUAUAAAUUUGAACUCGCCAUUUUGUUCCGAGAGUUUGCGAAGGACUUGUAUGUUUUUAUAUAAAAGCUUUAGCUCUAUGUACGUUAUUUUGAUGUAGUGUUUUUUAACGGUAAGUACUCAUCGUCGUUUGUUGACCAAUGAUUCUUCCUACAUUGAUAGAGCCAUCUAAAUGAACAAAAAGAUAUAUUUUUUAUUGUAGAAAUUGUAAUCGAGUGUCUGUAGUUUCACUAGACGAUAAAUUGAUGUGUUGUAACGUUGAUAAGCAUAUCACUUGUGAAUUGAAUUAAUUAUAAAUGUAAUUGUUUUGAUACGCAGAUUAAGAAUACUGUAAGCCUGGGUGAAGAUACCUCUUAUUUCAGUCACCUG